GGUCUUCAUUAGUUCAUUAGGACAUCGUUUCAGUAGUUACUGUGUUUGCUUCAGUCGUCAGUUCUGACACCAACAUGAAGCCUUCUAUGUUCGGGACCAUAAGUGUCUGUAUUGUAUAUUCGUUUCAUUUUGGAAUAUUUCAUAAUUCGGAAGCAACAUCAACUGUAUAUGGUCGCCAAGGUCAUAGCGUGACCUUGUCAUGGACUCAGCACCCGCCAGGUGUCCGAAAAUUCACCGUCAAGGAUGAGUCCCUGAACAAACAUUUACUUACCGUUACUGAUUACACAACGUUAGAACACAACUUUGGAAAGAGGAUACAAUUCACUGGUAACCUAACGUCACAGGGAGUUGGAGUGUUCAGGUUCAUUCUACAUGAUGUUCAGCUGACCGAUGCUGGGAAGUACAGAUGCUUCGGAAGUGGCUCAGGCAGAAACUGGAUUCCCGAGUGUGGAGUGAAUCUUGAUGUCAUACAGGUUCACACACAUUUCAUGGUGGUCCCGGACACAGUGGCGCCAGGAAGCAGCAGUGUUCGUCUGUCAUGUUACACAUCCAUCCUACCAAAGUACCUGCAUCCAGAGAUAACAUUCACCUGGCGGGAGAACGAAGUAGCACUGGUGGAAGGCGAGAGGUAUAAAAUGGCCGCAAAUAUGAUGAUUUGGAACACAUGGAAAUAUUUCUACAGUAAUCUGACCAUCACCGGUGUCGAGAAGAAGGACUGCGGACAACGAUACUCGUGUCAAGCUGUAUUUGAGGGUCAGAUAAGGUCCAGCUGGAGCGAGGAAUACGUCUUGGGAAAGGACUAUUCCAGAUCAGAGCACAAGGACGUCACAUAUGCUCGCGAGGGAACUAACGCCGUGAUGACCUGGAACAUGCCCCUGAUUGUGUCAGAUGUGAAUAUCAAGUCUCCUGCUGAUGAAACCGUCAUCCGUGUGAACCCUUCCAAAAUCUACGCUUGGCGCAGUGACACCCUGAGAUGGAGGAUUGCACAAGUUGUCGCCUCCUCGUCAUCUACCACCGCCCACAUUGUGCUGAACAAUGUUACAUCCACCUACGUAGGCAUGUACUACUGUACCAAGGCAGAUGGAAGUCGAGUUUCUGGUUGCGGACAUCGCCUCGACCUUGUUAGCACAGAAAUGUCAUGGACAAACAACAUCGAUGAUGGAAAUCAGACCUGCAGCUUGAACAAAGAACCAGCUGCGAACCCUCCCAACACUGUAUCACCUGCAGAUGGACGCGUGAUCUCAGUCUCAGUGUUUGUCGGAUGCGGGGUUGUAACCAUGUUUUCCUCCUGUGUGCUGUAAACAAAACGAACGCGCGGACACAUUAUGAAUUCAUUUUCUGUUAUACUUUCCACCAUGGCUGAAUCAUUAGAACUAAAUAAUGCCUAAUACUGUAAUACUGACUAUCGAGCUAUGAUGAUUAUGUUUCAUGCUGGCGUCUUGAAAUCGGGAAGCAAAGACAAUUGGAGUCAAUUUGUUUCAGGACAGAAUAUAAACACAUGUUCGCGUUAAUCAAACUUGAUAACAAUAUGAAGUUUUAAUCUUCCAAAACAAGAAAUUAUGUGUUCAACAAAUGUGAUGUGAAUACUUCCUUCUGUGCUCUAUGGUGACCGCCUUGAAUCAGCUAAAUCGGUUCGUGUUUUACUGCACAUGGCAUAGUUACAUAUAAAACAUACAAAGCCUUUGUAUUUCCUUGUAACUAAACAUUGGUUCCUU